AAUUUAAGUCAAUACUCCACCGAGUCCAACACAUAUACAAUACCACGUUAUGUUUCUGAUUUUGAGAAUAUUGUACAGGAUUUUGGCGAAUCGGCAAUCUGCUUCUCGCUCGAAAGAGAGGAAAGCCCGUUACAUAACUGAACUUGAGAGAAAGGUUCAGACCCUUCAAACAGAAGCAACCACUCUUUCUGCUCAAUUAACCCUUUUCCAGCGGGAUACGACCCAGUUUACUAAUGAGAAUACAGAGCUUAAGCUACGUCUGCAAGCUAUGGCACAAGAAGCUCAGUGAUCCAUGGCCAUCCAUAUCAAAUAGUGCCAAGGACCUUAUUCGGAAAAUGCUAACACUAGAGCCAAAGAAGAGAAUUACUUCAGUGCAAGUUCUUGGUAUUUCUCCUGUUUCCCUUUGUAAUCAAAAGUUACAGUAGCAUGUCAUGUCAUAUCGUUCUGCAUAUACAUUUUUGAUUAUAUGUUAUAAGUUGUAUUCAUGUUUAGCUUUUGUAUGUAUUUAUCAUAACUUCCAAGUAUACGCUACAUGCUCUUCCAAGGUAGGAAACUACCAAGACGAGGUGUUUUGUGAUGUGAUACCAAUGCAAGCGUGUCACUUAUUGUUGGGGAGAUCAUGGCAAUAUGUUAGGGCUACCGUGCAUGAUGGAAGAACCAAUAGGUACACGUUUGUCUAAACAGACCUUAAUGAAACCACUGGCUUGAUUACAAAAGAUCCAAAUACAUGAUCUUUUUCCAUAAUUUAUAGCUUGUUUCUCGGUGUUGGGUUGGAUAGAUUAUGGAUCCUUAAUUCAAUAACAUACGAUGUGUUUUGGUGAUGGCAAUUGCCCAGGAGAAUGACCUGAUUAAUGAAUGUCUGACAUUGAAUUAGGAAGAUCGAUGAGUAAAAUGGAUGAGAGUUAUGGGCUUGAAAGAUUCUUACCAAAGUGAAAGACAAGUUUUAUAGAAUAAUGGUGUGACCAGUCAUGUUAUAUGAGAGUGAAUGUUACGCCUCUAAUAUUUAAUGUGUCCAUAACAUGAGUGUUACAGAAAUGUGGAAGUUAAACUAGACAUGCGGUCAUACAAUUCUAGACAUAAAAUAGACUUACCUUGGGUUUGGUGGUUUAUAGGAGCUUUUCUAGUCUAGUUAGAGAUUUGUAUGCCAAUGUAGAGAUAAAUUGUUUUUUGGAGAACCUCUAGUGGUAGAGAGUUCCUAAUUUGGCUUUAAAGAAAAUUAUUUAUUAAGAAAAGUAGAAUUGUAAUGAAUUGAGACCAAAUAUAGUGGAAUGAUCAUAGAUGAUUCAUAUAGCCAACCUAAUUUUGUUUUCGAUUUGAUAUUAUAUCAAUACAAAUGGCUCUAUCGAGAGUUAUGCUUACCAAACCCCAUAGUAUCAAAGAUUAAAUGUCAUUUUCCUACUUUCUACAUAUUUCAGUAGUAUGAGAGAUAGAAUUUAAUAGUUACACAAAAAUUAUCCAUCAGAAUUUAAUAGUUACACAAAAAUUAUCCAUCAUUACUUUAUCAUAAUAGAUCAAUCUAAUGUAAUUGUGCAUCUCCAGAACCUGCGAAUAUGAAUAUUUGAGGUGAGUCAGUAAUAAUAUAUUAGGAGGUGUAAAAACUAUUUUGUAUUAGGUAAUUUGAUGUGUUGUAUCUUACCUAAUAUCUCUUUGUAGACGAUGUUUUUGGUGUAUGUUCCUUUUUUUCUCUUUGGCUGCUCUGUCAUGACCAAAACCUUUGUUGUUGACAUUGAUCUUCCUUUUUAAAGUGCAACGUAUAGCUGUCCAUGU